GUGUUGGGUGUUAUUCUGCCUCGUUACGUUAACUGGUCAUCGAUAUUGUUGAUUUAUUUUGUUAGUUUUUUUUGUUAAGUUAUUAUCGUUUUUGAGUUAAAGAUGGGUCGUUCACUCUGUUUUCUCAUUCUGUUGGUUGCUUCGAUCUGCGUGGGAAAUGGUUAUAGCGCCAACGCCAACGCGUUCUCGCUGCCAUCGUAUUGUUCUGCAAACAGGAACCCAUGUAUGAACGGAGGUCUGUGUCUAAACUACGCCAGUUCUUAUAAAUGUCUUUGCUCCGGUAACUGCAGGGGUGAACACUGCGAGAAAUGUGGUGCAGUCUUGCCAGAAAGGAUAUUCGGAGUAUGCUCUCCAAAUCCGUGUCAGAGAGAUUGUCAGUGUCGCGAAUCGUGCCAGCACGCCGGUGGUUAUUACUGCAGAAGUUCUUCAGGGUAUCUUGGCAAAAACUGCACUAUUCCUAUGCCUUCACUUCGCUGUGAAAGUGAUCGAAUUGUGUUCUCUGUAUCUGAAAGCUUUGUACGCGAAUAUGAUCUCGGGUUACGGAACAGUUUCAUCAACAUCGUCAGAAACCUGGGUGGCACGCAGGGCUGCGAAGUUUCGACCGCCGUUAAUGAAUUUUACGAGAUACAGAUUCCAAUGCCGUUUACUGCCUGUGGUACCGAAGUUACAUCAGUCGGCGGAAAUGUAGUCGUAACUAACCAAAUGUGGUUUAACCGUCGUCUGUCAAACUCAAUGUUCGAUAUGCCGAUUCCUGUCGCUGAAUUUCAGUGCAGCUACGAAAGACAAUAUACUGUAGUAACUUCGCUUCGCCCAGUGGUUAGCACACCGACCGUCGUGACAGGGCGCCAAAUAAUCACACCUAGCAUUUCUCUUUGCAAGGUCCCUGCAUGUCCCGGCGUUUGCCCUUUAAAUUUUGCGGUUAAUGGCGGUGCGAUUUACACCGUGGGCGAAAUGAUCCACGUUACGAUGUCGAUAGAUUCCGGAAACCAAGUGACUGGUAUAGAUGAGAUGUAUUUAUCCUGCAGUCCUGUACCAUCCACAAACAACAUUGUUGGGAUUGUUCAAGCCGGCUGCGGCACUACCAACGGACUUCCCUGCGAAAUUACAACCAGCGCUGUGGGUCAUACAGUCUGUGUAUCGUUUCAAACGCCAAGAAGCAUGUCGUGUCAGGAGUUCUAUAUCCAUGCAAAAUUGGUAUCUUGUGAUAGAGGCAGCGUGGGAGCUUGUUCGGACAACUUUCGUGUCAACAGAUGCCUUGUUUCACGUAAGCGGAGAAGUCUUGGAUCUGCCCCUAUAGCCCUUGGCCCAAUCGUCGUUAUCAAUGGUUCCGUUGGAAUACCUGAAGUUCGUCUUAAUGGUAUGGAGGCCGACGAAGUAAGAGUGGAGAGGGUGCUCGAAUCCGAUCCCAAAAAGGAGACGGCAUUUGUCUUGGAAGAUUCACCUGUAGUAGAUGUUACAGCACCAGAACCCGCCUCCGCAGGUAUGAACUAUCAGACUAUGGUGAUCGUGAUCAGCAGUGGUAUAGUUCUUCUCAUACUCGUUGCCUUAUUAUUUGUGGUAAUACGUAAUCGUUCUGUUACUUUUGCUACGAUGACCAGUAAAUCCUGAUUUUGUGUUUCUAAUAAAUUUGUUUCAUUUGAAAAAUUUUUU